GACCCAAUUGGGAAAGAUUUUUAACAAAAAAUGACGAGUGUUGAGUAUUUGGAACUAGGACACUCUCAGUUAAGAUAACCGCCAUUGCAAAAGAUUUUUUGCAGAAUAAACUUGGACGGCAAUUCUUACACGAAAGCCCAGAUUGGGAUAAAAACAACAAAAUGAGACAGUUUCUGGCUGUUCUCAUAUUUUCGGGAUGCCUUAAUAAUGGGGCUAGUGGGACCACCUACUGCACCGUAGACGAUGACACACCUGUAUUCAGCGCCCCUGAUCUCGGCUCCAGAGUUGUCACACUGGUCGAGAGGAACACAUGCUUCCAUGGUGACAUGAAGGGGGAAUGGCUAUUCCUGCAAGAUACUCCAAUUUAUUACAUUCAUGGCUACACAGUAAUCGAGGACACUGAACCAGCCGCUGAUAAAAACGAAGCCAAUGGGUUCCGAGAAUAUGAUCCUAGGAAUAAACAAAAUGUUCGUUCAAGAUGCGUGGAUGUCGAAGGAAUAAACACAUGCGCUAGCGCACGAUCAAUUCCCAAUCACAGACAAGAAAAACGGUUUUUAAUGGGUGAUGCAACAUGGACGCAGUGGAUUGAAUGGUCUGAAUGUAACACCGCUGUGUGUAAUAUCGAGGGAACGAGGAAUCGUACACGACUGUGCUUUGUACUGAACCCGAAUGUCCAAGCGAAUUGUAAUGGCGGUGACUCGAUACAAUUACAGAAGUGCACAAAACCUUGUUUGGUUGACGGUAGCUGGGGAGCUUGGGAGGGCUGGUCUGUCUGCUACUGUAACGGAUUUCGUCCGCGAUAUCGCAAGUGUGACAGCCCGCCUCCCUUGAAUGGCGGACAUGUUUGCAACGGUUCUGAGUUCGAAGUGGGUAUGUGCAACCGAACAAGCAACACUAACUGUCCAGUUAAUGGAAAGUGGACUGACUGGUCAGCAUGGUCCACUUGCUCGGUAAGCUGCGAGAAUGGAACUCAAUCUCGAAACCGGUACUGUACUAACCCACCUCCAGCUUAUGGAGGAAAGGAUUGUGGUUUAGAUGAUAGCGCGUUUCAGAAUUGCAGUACCUCGAUACCUUGUCCAGAUCAAAUCACAUGUACGUUCGAUGCGCCGUUAAAUUGUACUUGGCAUAACGUGGACUUGUUUGACAAUAUGGACUGGAUUGUGUUCAAUGGCUCGACGAACACUGACGACACGGGGCCUAGCUCGGAUCAUACGUUUGGUAACAGUACUGGCAAAUACAUCUACCUCGAGUCCAGCGCUCCAAGCGAGGAAUGUGACAAGGCCUGGUAUCAGAGUGGCAUCAUACAGCCCGGUUUUAACGCUCCUGUCUGUGUUCAAUUCUGGUAUCACAUGUAUGGUGCUGAUAUCGGAAGUCUCAACAUUUACAUGGCUACUGGUCCCAAGCUUCCAGGGAAAUUGCUGUGGACUGUAAGUGGGAACCAGGGAGAUGUCUGGAAGUCUGGACAUGUACCUUUGAGCUACACUUCAAAUAUUUCGAUUAUAGCAGAAGCCACUGUUGGGAACGGUUUCCAUGGCGAUAUUGGACUAGACGACCUGAUGUUCACACAGUCGACAUGCUUUCUGUACCCAAGCAUGGCUAACGCACAGUGGGCUGCUACAUGUCCGACCACAACAAUUAGCCCAGGGCAUUGGUCUCCCUGGUUUAAUGGCCAAUGUUCUGUCACAUGCGGGAACGGAACUCUUACGCGAAUGCGUCACUGCUCCUCGGGGCACACCGACGAUUGUGCGGGAACCAGUAGCGAAGUGAUAGGCUGCCAAAAACCUCCAUGUGGAGUUUGGAGCGAAUGGUUCCUUGGCGACUGCUCGGUAACGUGUGGUGACGGCACCCUGUCACGUAUGAGGAUUUGUUCUUCCGGGCACGACGAGGACUGUCCGGGGUCUGCCUUCGACGCCAUGCGUUGCUCGCAGGGGCCCUGUUGACGAUGUUUGGCUCACCGAAAACAAUUGUGAAGACUUAAUGCAACUACAUGUUCAGAUUUGAAAUAUAUUACUUGCAAAAAUACAAAUAAAAUGAGUA